CAGCCAUUUUUGGCAAUCAACCCAUUUGUUUCCCCGUCCCCAGCAGAAGAAGAGACAAAGAACACAAAUCAUCUUCUCAAAAAUUCUCAUUCCCUUCACAAUCCUAAAGCACUCUUCUUCUUCUUCUUCUCCUCCUCCUCUCUCCUUGACCCAGCUCUUGAAACACAGGGGAGGGGGGCAUAUACCUACCGUACAGAGAGAGAGAUGUGGGCUUAAGAGAUCUGGAGGAGGAGGAGUUGAAAGAGAGAGAGAGUGCUUUGUUAUACGGAAAUGUUUGCAAGGGAGAUAACAUCGAAGGACGUCAAAGCCACUGAGAAGAACAGGAUUCGAUACUCUUCCAAGCACAUCAAGCAUCUUCCUCCUGGCACCAUUACCGAUUUUCAAUGGAAAGAUUAUUCCCCCUUGGGUUUCAGACUUAUACAAGAGCUUGAGGAUAUUAACCAUGAUGAAUACAUGAAGUCUAUCUGUAACGAUGAGACUUUAAGGAAGCUUUCCUCUGGCAAAGUUGGUAACAUGUUUCUUCUCUCCAAAGAUGAUCGUUUCAUCAUCAAGAUUCUCCGUAAAUCCGAAAUUAAGGUGAUACUAGAGAUGUUGCCUGGUUACUUCCGUCAUGUUCAUAAAUACAGGUCGACCUUGUUGUCCAAGAAUUAUGGAGCUCACUCUGUCAAGCCUGUUGGAGGUGAUAAGACAUAUUUUGUCGUCAUGUCAAACAUACUGCAGUCGGAUGUUUUUAUGAACAAGGUCUACGAUCUAAAGGGCUCAUCACAAGGCCGGACUAACAAGAAGAUCAAAGUUAGAGAUAAAACCAUACUCAAGGAUAUAGACCUUGAUUUUUGUUUCUACGUUGAUUCCUUGGCUAGGCACCGCCUCAUUAAGCAAACAAAGCUUGAUUGUGAACUUUUGGAAGAUGAAGGCAUAAUGGAUUAUAGCUUAAUGCUUGGUUUACAAGUGAAAGGCACGUGUCAAGGUUCAGUUGAUGGAUUAAGCCCGGUAUACGACAGCUUCACAUCACGAGGCUCUGUUGACAGCAAUAACUCCAAGUUUAUGAAGACAGCUUCAAACUCUCCAGAUAGAUCGUCUACAAUGUAUUCAUGCACUCCGAGCAGAGACUCAAUUGAUAGUGAGAACUCAGUAACUAUACAAUCAGUAGCAAGUAUAAGCCCAAGUCCAGCUCCAACCAACGCUUCAGAAUCUUCACAAGGAAGCAUUGUUUCCAAAACGAGUUUAACCAACGUUUUCCAAAACAGCUCAAGCACAAACUUCGGGAUGAAGAUACCGGGGCGAGCACGAAGGGUUGAGAGAGGUGAAUCAGGGAGUGUGGUGGGGAAGAACAGCAGAGGAGGAGGAGAGGAAUGGUACGAUGUGAUAUUGUAUCUGGGGAUUAUAGACAUUUUCCAAGACUAUGGAGUGAGAAAACGUAUAGAACAUUGUUACAAGUCAAUUCAACACAGCUCUAAGACAAUCUCAGCCGUGCAUCCCAAGAUUUACUCUUCUCGUUUCCAAGACUUUGUCUCUCAGAUCUUCUUACCAGACGAACAUCCUUCUCACUGAUACUCUAUUUAUCUUCCAUAUAUGUCUUAACAUUUCUACAUUUAUUUCCUCACUAUCUUAUAUAGCUUAGCCAAAGUUUGUUUUUUUUUUUUUUUAAUAACUUUGGCCUACG